AUGCUUGACACCACAGAUGCUCAUUUAAUUUAUGCGCGGUCUGGCGGUGGCGCAGGCGGUGGCGCGUUCGGUGGCCCAGAUGGCAGGCCUCCCGCUUUCAAGGCCGUUGGGAUCUCCCUGGCUGUCGGUUCGGGACUUUUCAUCGGCGUCUCCUUUGUGCUGAAAAAGGUCGGCUUGCUCAAGGCAAAUGUUAAGUAUAAUGAGGAUCCUGGAGAGGGGAUGGGGUAUUUGAAGGUGUGGUGGUGGUGGGGCGGGAUGACAUUAAUGAUUAUCGGGGAAAUAUGCAACUUCGUCGCGUAUGCCUUUGUCGACGCAAUUUUAGUGACACCCCUUGGUGCCCUUUCCGUUGUCGUCACCACCAUCCUUUCUGCUAUCUUCCUCAAGGAACGCCUGAGUUUCGUGGGCAAAGUAGGCUGUUUCAAUUGCAUCAUCGGCUCCGUCAUCAUCGCCAUGAAUGCCCCCUCUCAGUCGUCCGUCGCGACCAUCCAGGACAUGAAACAUUUUGUCAUCGCUCCCGGUUUUCUCACUUGGGCUGGUCUCAUUAUUGUGGGAUGCACCUUUGUUGCACUCUGGGCAGGCCCCCGGUAUGGCAACAAGAGCAUGUUUGUCUAUCUCAGCAUCUGCAGUCUCAUCGGUGGCCUAAGCGUUGUCGCGACUCAGGGACUGGGAGCUGCUAUCAUCUCUCAGAUCCAGGGUAUAUCUCAAUUUAAGGAGUGGUUUUUGUAUGUUUUGUUGGUAUUUGUUAUUGGGACGCUGUUGACUGAGAUCAUUUAUUUAAAUAAAGCGUUGAAUAUUUUUAAUGCGGCGUUGGUUACACCUACAUACUACGUCUUUUUUACGAGUGCUACGAUCGUUACGUCUGCAAUUCUGUUUCAAGGAUUCAAGGGGACUGCAAUUAACAUUACUACAGUUGUCAUGGGUUUUCUUCAAAUUUGUUCUGGCGUUGUCUUAUUACAGCUCUCAAAAUCCGCCAAGGACGUUCCGGAUACUGCUAUUUUCAAAGGCGAUUUAGACCAGGUACGCGAAGUUGCUGAGCAGGAGCAACCGGAAUCUGAACCAAAGGCCGACGCCAUUCGUGGCACAGCUGCCAUUAUUCGUCGGAUAUCGAGUGCAAGACAGAGGAUGGAGGAGGAGGAAGCUAGGAGAUACUAUGAGGAGAGAAAAAUUGAUGAAUUGGAGCCACCGCGGGAAGGAGAAGUGAUCGAAUGGGACGGGCUACGGAGACGUAGGACUGUCGUCGGAGAAAGCCCCCUAAGUAUCCCUUCACGCCGGAUAACGAACCGUCACCCACCUCUGGGCAUGUCGAAAUUCCCUGAUUUUGUUGAUGAAGAGCUUCCCCACCACAGACCUAGCACCAAAGGGAGUGGCAAAAGUGAUUUACAUUCUGGAAUGACUGAAGCCGAGGCACCCGGCUCUCUUGGUGAAGCGUUUCAACAUAACCAUCGCCGGAACCGAAGCGGAACAGUGCAGACGAUUCAAUGGGCGAGUAGUGUCAAAUCCGGUGGCUCUUCCAACCCACAGUCGCCCAGUCGUAGCAAUACUCUUCCAGAACAAGUCCAGCAUCAUGCCCCAAGUCGACAGUUCUCAUUCCAUAACUUUUUUAGUCGACGGAUGUCUAACGAGCCACCGCAUGAUAAUGAUGGUGGUAACAUGGCAGAACAUUCUACCUCUCCAGGAAAUCGUCUUUUUGCGUUUGGCCACCUUUCGUCGCGGAAUCAUCAUCAAAACGAGCAAAAACGUAGUAUGAUGAGAGACGGCACGGAGGAAGAAGCCCUCGGCCUUGUGAAGGUAGACAGUUCCCAGUUAAAAGGGCAGACGCAAUUCCAUGACUAUUCACCAACACCUACACCUACUACUCCAACGUUUGAUAAGCAAGCGAUUCAAAGCGACAUGCUUCGGGCAGAAUAUCAACAACCCCCCAGUCGAUCUCCAUCAACAUCAAGUGCUUCUACCACAGAAUCAAGAACUGAGUACAAGCCACACAAUACACGAAUGCUUUCACAAGACAGAAGAGAUACAACAGCCACUAUUGCUUCUUCGAAAUACCCGGAUUCGCUCCACCAUGGACAGUCCACUCUUCCGCCCCACUCGCAACCACCAAAAUACGACGAUACAAUAGCUGAGAUCAAAGCGCCCUCACCACCGCCCCAUUCGCGCUCCCUCCCACAUAUCCCAUCCCACUCAACAACUCUUUCAACAGCUACAGCUACAGCUACAGCUACAGCUUCAACUACGGCAGUGAUGGCAUCUCAACAACAACUUCACCCCCUUCCCUCCCUCCCCACCGAAUCACACUCUAGACACCCAUACGCAUUCCCAAACACUCCCGAAAAGGCUUCAUCACUCCCCUUCUCCACACACCUUUUCACCCUCCUCCCGCGCGGCACCAGCGUAUAUCCCAUCGCUAUCCCUUCCAGCAUCAUCCGCAACGUCUCUCGCAUCAAGUAUGAGCGCGGAGAAUGA